CUGCCUCUAAAGUCAGACCACUGGCAGACACUUGCGCCUCCAACUAGCAAACUCGCAGAAGCUCCGCCACCGCUAGCCGCGAAGAUCCAAUGCCUAGGCGCAUCAAACCUUCACAGGAUUCCUGCACUUGUUUUUCUGGAUCGCACCGCCUAACAGAGAACUGGAAAUUCCUCCCUCCGCUGAGAAAAGUGCAUUUUCUAUUUUCGCGCAACGCCACUGGAUUCGAGUCUCGGAGGCACUCAUUGGCAAAGGCAGCAUUUGGGAGCGCUCGGUGGCGCCGACUUCCUCUAGCUCCUGAGACACAGAUGCAGGCUUAUUUAUUUAUUUUAAUUCUCCCUCUCUUGCUAGCGACCUGAGCACUUGGGCUCUGACUGGUGCAGCAAGGAGGAAGGCUAGUGGACACGCGCUGGGGCGCAGGAGCAGCGGGCGCCUCAUCGCAGUCUUCUCAGGCCAAGUCCCACAUUCCGGCUUCCCCGGCGGGGUCUGCACCUACCCAAAUCGGGGGCAGGACACCAAAAAUGCACCCUUCUACCCCCUUGUCUUUCUGCCCUCCUGAAGUUCCUGUCCCUAAUUGACAAGCCUGUGACUAUUGGCUGAAGUUCCCCAGCGAUUUGCAUGAACGGAGAGGGAGUGUCUUCUGCCGCCCUCCCUGCAGGAGCGCGCUGACUGCAGCCUCCCUGGGAAUGCGCGGCCGAGGGAAUGCGCGCAGCCCGCGAGCCCUGGCAGUGAGCUGGCGCCCGGCGACCUGGCACCCGCGCCUGGAUAUGGGGCGUCUACGUCGUCCCAGAAGCAGCAGCAGCCACAGGAACCUGCCGCAUCUGUUUCUGUUUCUCCUCUUCGUGGGACCCUUCAACUGCCUGGCGAGUUACAGCCGCGCCACAGAGCUUCUGUACAGCCUGAACGAGGGACUGCCCGCGGGAGUGCUCAUCGGGAGCCUGGCGGAGGACCUGCGGCUGGUGCCCCGCGCCGCCAGCAGACAGGACCAGCAUUCGCAGUCUCCAGAGCGCACCAGGGCCGAGUGGAAUCCGCCUCUCUCUUUCAGCCUGGCCUCCAGCGGACUGAGCGGCCAGUAUGUGACCCUAGACAACCGCUCUGGGGAGCUGCACACUUCUGCCCAGGAGAUCGACAGGGAGGCCCUGUGUCUUGACCGAGGUGGAGAGGCUGCCUGGGGCGGCAGCGUUUCCAUCUCUUCCUCUCCAUCCUCUGACUCUUGCCUUUUACUUCUGGAUGUGCUUGUCCUGCCUCAGGAAUACUUUAGGUUUGUGAAGGUGAAAAUCGCCAUCAGGGAUAUCAACGACAACGCCCCCCAGUUUCCUGUUUCCCAAAUUUCUGUUUGGGUCCCAGAAAAUGCACCUGUAAACACCCGGCUGGCCAUAGAGCAUCCUGCUGUGGACCCAGAUAUAGGCACUAACGGGGUGCAAACCUAUCGCUUACUGGACUACCAUGGCAUGUUCACCCUGGACGUGGAAGAGAAUGAGAAUGGGGAGCGCACCCCCUACCUGAUUGUCAUGGGCUCUUUGGACAGAGAAACCCAGGACCAGUACGUAAGCAUCAUCAUUGCUGAGGACGGUGGGUCUCCACCACUGUUGGGCAGUGCCACGCUCACCAUCGGCAUAAGUGACAUUAAUGACAAUUGCCCUCUAUUCAUAGACUCACAAAUCAAUGUCACUGUCUAUGGGAAUGCUACAGUUGGUACCCCUAUUGCAGCUGUCCAGGCUGUGGACAGAGACUUGGGGACCAAUGCUCAAAUCACCUACACUUAUAGCCAGAAAGUUCCACAAGCAUCCAAGGAUUUGUUCCAUCUGGAUGAAACCACAGGAGUCAUAACACUUUUCAGUAAGAUUGGAGGAAGUGUUCUACAAAUGCAUAAGCUCACCAUUCUUGCGAAUGGACCGGGCUGCAUCCCUGCUGUGAUCACGGCUCUAGUGUCUGUUAUCAAAGUCAUCUUCAGACCACCUGAAAUAGUUCCUCGUUACAUAGCCAAUGAGAUAGAUGGUGUGGUCUAUCUGAAAGAACUGGAACCUGUGCACACACCUGUUGCGUUUUUCACCAUAAGAGAUCCGGAAGAUAAAUACAAGGUCAACUGCUACCUGGACGGUGAAGGGCCAUUUAGGUUAUCACCCUACAAGCCGUACAAUAAUGAAUAUUUGCUAGAGACUACAAAACCAAUGGACUAUGAGCUGCAGCAGUUUUAUGAAAUAGCUGUGGUGGCCUGGAAUUCUGAAGGAUUUCAUGUCAAGAGAAUCAUCAAAGUGCAACUUUUAGAUGACAAUGAUAAUGCUCCUGUUUUCCUACAACCCUUGAUAGAACUAACCAUUGAAGAAAAUAAUGCACCCAAUGCCUUUUUGACCAAGCUGUAUGCCACAGAUGCUGACAGUGGAGAGAGAGGCCAAGUUUUGUAUUUUCUGGGACCUGAUGCUCCAUCCUAUUUUUCCUUAGACAAUGUCACGGGGAUUCUGACAGUCUCUACCCAGCUGGAUCGAGAAGAGAAAGAAAAGUACAGGUACACCGUCAGAGCUGUUGACUGUGGAAAGCCACCCAGAGAAUCAGUAGCCACUGUGGCUCUCACAGUGUUGGAUAAAAAUGACAACAGCCCUAGGUUUAUCAACAAAGACUUCAGCUUUUUUGUGCCAGAAAAUUUUCCAGGAUAUGGUGAGAUUGGAGUGAUCAGUGUUACGGAUGCAGAUGCUGGGCGAAAUGGAUGGGUGGCCCUCUCGGUGGUGAACCAGAGCGAUAUUUUUGUCAUAGAUACAGGAAAAGGUAUGUUGAGAGCAAAAGUCUCUUUGGACAGAGAGCAGCAAAGCUCUUACACCUUGUGGGUUGAAGCUGUUGAUGGGGGUGAGCCUGCCCUCUCCUCUACCACAAAAAUCACAAUUCUCCUUCUAGAUAUCAAUGACAACCCUCCUCUUGUUUUAUUUCCUCAGUCGAAUAUGUCUUAUUUGUUGGUACUGCCAUCUACUCUGCCUGGCUCCCCAGUCACCGAGGUCUAUGCUGUGGACAAAGACACGGGCAUGAAUGCUGUCAUAGCUUACAGCAUCAUAGGCAGAAGAGGGCCUAGGCCUGAGUCCUUCCGGAUUGACCCUAAAACUGGCAACAUCACUUUGGAAGAGGCCUUGCUGCAGACGGAUUAUGGGCUCCAUCGCUUACUGGUGAAAGUGAGCGACCACGGUUACCCUGAGCCUCUCCAUUCCACAGUCAUGGUAAACCUGUUUGUCAAUGACACAGUCAGUAAUGAGAGCUACAUUGAGAGUCUUUUAAGAAAGGAACCAGAAAUUAACAUAGAGGAGAAAGAACCACAAAUUUCAAUAGAACCAACUCAUAGGAAGGUAGAAUCCUUAUCCUGCAUGCCCACCUUAGUAGCUCUGUCUGUGAUAAGCUUGGGUUCCAUCACACUUGUGACAGGCAUGGGCAUAUACAUCUGCUUAAGGAAAGAGAAGAAGCCUCAUAGGGAAGAUGACAAUUUGGAAGUACAAAUCCCACUAAAAGGAAAAAUUGACUUGCACAUGAGAGAGAGGAAACCAAUGCAUAUUUCUAAUAUUUGAUAUUUCACUGUGGAAUAACAAUGGAUGGUGUUUUAAUAGACUCUGGAGAGUCUUGUUCACCUGCGUAAGAGUGUGUCAAUGGCAGCUCCAAUGAAGGACGACUAAUUUAUAACUUGUACUAUAUUGUAAAUAGCUGUUUACAGAUUUUUAAAAUCAAAUCCAGAGGUUAUACAAUGUGUACAGCGUUUUUAAAUGAAAAUUAGUACUAACAGCUAUAGAAAUGUUAUAAUAAAACGUAAAAAAAAAGCUUGGACAUGAUUUGCAGCUUUCAUAAACCAAGCAGAUGAUUGAUAAAACCUGGGAUUAAGGUAAGAAAACAGCACUUUUUCUUUUGGUCUAAAAAGUCCUUUCACCACAAGAGGGCAUCAGUUUCUCCUUUGCAGGGAACUGAGGUAUUGUACAUGACAGAUGUUGUACAUGAAAUUAAUGAAAGAGUAUAUUUUAAAUACAUUGUUUUUAACAUUAAAUUAAUAGGAACUUAAAGUAAAUGGAAUUUUGAUCUACUUAAAUAUAUGAUAAUAAGGAAAAGAAAUGCACUUAUAAACAGAAAGUUUUUACCUCACAAGUACGUCAUGUAUAGUUUGAAAGAGAAGGCAUUAAAUUAAAAAGUGCAAUUCAUUUUUAGCAAGGAUAAAAGCAUUGCCAUGUGUUACAAAGUCGACCUGCUGAAGAGUAUUUCACUUUCUGUGUACUCAAUUUUUUUUGCUUUCCUUGUGCUUUACCCCUGCACUAUCUUGACAGGGGAAUUAUAUAUAUAUAUAUAUAUAUAUAUAUAAAAUUAUAUAUAUAUAUUUCCCUGCAGAAAAUUUAAUUAGAAAUUGUGCCCAAGAAAAACAGCCAGAAGUAAGGAAAUGUUUUAUUCCUUAUUUGCUGAAUAGGUGUCCAUGUUUGAAUGUUUACACAACUUCUCAGUUGUGCUGUAACUUGGGUAUAUAUUUGAGUUUUAUGUUUCAACUCAUUCAUCACUUUAGAAAAUAAAUGUUGAAUUAAAAUUGGAUUAUUCUAAAAGCUAAUGUACAGUAUUGGUUGUUUCAGUUUUACAUUUUAUAUGAAACUUAUAUUUAUCUCUUUGUUGUUGCUGAUGUUUGUUGGCUACCAUUUCUUGCUUUCCUUCUUUGGCUUUGGAUUAAAUCCAAGAGUUAAUUUGUAAGCCCAGCAGUAGAUUCUUUUGAUAACUGAGCUUUUACAGAAUUUUGCAGUGAAGAAAGCUGGUAACCAGUGAUAUAUCACCUUCACUUCAUUGUGUAAGCUUGAAAUUUUAUUUUGUAUGAGAACUAUAGCAAAAUUAUCUGUAUAAACACGGAAUGUAAGUGUCAGCUUAAACUGGAUCAUUUUGCUUUUUGGCACAUGUGUCUGUAUUGUACCAAAAGUGUUUAUAUGUCUACAAAUUAAAAGUAUAUAUUUUCAUAAUUUAUUUCUCAUUUUUACCAUUUUUGAACAGGCUGUUGUUCUUUCACAAAAGUGCCUGUUUUUUGGCAUUCUUUGUUUUUAGGAUAAAAUGUGAGUAAACCAUAAUAUUCUGCUAUGCUAACAUUUUUAUUAAACCAAUUCAUUAGUCAAACAUUGGAUAAGUUUUUAAAUAUGUAUGUGGUUAUAGACAUAUAGUAGCAAGAGAAUAUGUCUGUAAGUUUGAUAUAAAUUCAAAUGAAAAUGUGUGCCCACUAAUGUGCACAUGAAUAUUAAUUAUUAUAAAUUUAUUGUCAAUUAUAAAUUUUCAUUUCCCACAUACUUAUAGCAAAUGUUAGCUGUGUUGCAACAGCUUUCAAUAAUUUUUAAAACAAAUUUAUACUGAAAAACAAAUAAUUUAAUGCCAUUACCCAAAACCUUUUGGAUUUGUAUUACCUAAUUUUUCUUUCCUUAUUCAAUAAACAAAAUGAUAAGAAUAUAAGGUAGCAGUGUUUGCUAAAAGAAUUUCCUUUUGUAUGAGAGGCACUUGAAUUUAUGAGGCUCAGAUUUUGUAACCACGUCAGUUUUUCAUUCAUUAUUGAAGCAUAGUGAUGGAGGAAACAAUCAUUAUCCAGUCAAAUUUUGUUUCUUACAAUCCUUUUGUUUUCUGAAUUACUUGUGAUUUGAGAAGCACCAUUAAUAAAAAAUAAAUCCUUUGUAAGGGCAAUGACUUUUCCAUCAGCAUAAUUAACAAAAUAUUCUUUUCAUUUCUAACUUUAAGGAGGCUAAUGAGUUUUGGGAUAGGGACUUCAUUUCCAACAUGAGAAAAGUCUAGCAUUAAUAAAAAGAUGUAUUUCCAAAUAACUUCUUGUGGCAGGAUUUCCUUGACUAAAACAUCUCAUUCACACUAAAAACUUUAAUAACAAGAAAAGCUAACGUAAAUUAAGCCCAAAGAUAAAAGCUCCUUUUUACUAACACCUUGUGCUAGAACAGUUGCCAAAAUGUAUGCUAAUCAUGUCAGUGCUGUUAGUUGAGCUGGCACAAAAAUAAAUGUUCCAUUCAUUAAAAAGCCUAAUUCCAUUUAACAGUUUGAGAGCCAGUGAGUUCUCUUUGCUCGAUUUAAUGAAGAGAUUGCUCUGAUAUUUGCACUGCCAAAUCCAUUCUUAUCCAAUACAUAGAAAAUUAUUCAUUAAUUUGAAUUGGGAAAAUUAAAAAUAGUGUAACAAUUUUAGCUAUGGUGGGGUAGACUUUUUAGAGUAGAUUUCCCGACCCUAUCAAAAAAACAAACAAACAAACAAAAAAUGUUCUAAAAUCAGUUAUGCUUCUAUCAGUUUUGGUUCAAAUUGAAAGGAAAACAUUCUUAUUUUUAAAAAGGUGUUUUUUUUCAGCAUUGGUGCAUUAAAAACAUAAAAUUCUUGGUGUUUGGGGUGCUUUUCCUAUGUUUUAUGAAAUUACCAGGCAUGAUUUCACUAUGAAAUAAUGUCACUAGAAGCAACGUAGGGAGGGCUGCUGUGUGAAGUUCACUUGGGAGCAGUAAGCUAUCUCACAAGGAUUCUAGUUUGUACGCAAAGAAAAUGUCUAAAGAUAAUUGUGAAUGGAGAUAUUAAACUGACCUCUCCACUGGAGACUUGGGUUCCAAAAUUCCCUAUGUGAGAUCCUGAUCUUUGGCAGACAAUGGAAAAUGUAAUGAAAGUGUAGUCUGACCACAUGAGGUUCAACUACAGUGGGAAGCCUCAGCUCAUGGAGGCAAGGACACAAGUACCCUAUCAUUUUAUUCCUUCUAAGGUAGAUUUUUCUCACUGUAAAAAUAGCAGACAGUGGCUAUGAACUGCCAUAUUGCAGUCUUGAGUCAUCUCUGCCUAACACUCUGCCUUUACAUGCAAGUAAUUUGCAAAUAUUUAUUGAAAAGAAAAAUUAACUUUUAGGUAGGUGAAUAAAAAGCUCAAAAAAAAAUCAUUAAUCAAUUAAAAUAAUUCCUAA